AUGGUGAACGAGGAACAGCAGCGGGUACACCGGUUGAUGCGAUCGAAAUUAUUCGCCGAUGCAAAGCGAAAGACUGCGAUAUCAGCUAUCCGUACAAUACAUACAUUAUCUUUACGGGCGUUAGAGGAGCCUGAGAUUGUUUCUGAGUUUUUAAUAGCAGCCACUGAUUUAGAAGGCCAUUGGGCUCAAUUUAAAUUAGAGGACGAGUCUUUCUUAGAACAUCUUAUUAAUCUCGAUAAAGCGGAGGAUUAUUCGGUGGACUUGCCUGCCGAAGUUCGAGCUCUAAUUAAUGCGUCGCGCUCGGUUGUAGAAAAGUUGACCCCGAAAGGCGUUGAUACGAUUGAUUUAUCGUACCUUAAAGGUCAGGUUGCACCGAAUAACCAAUCGGUUCCGACAAAACAAUUUUCGCGACUUCCGGAUAUUCCGUUGCCCGAAUUUGACGGGGAUUAUCGUUAUUGGCCUACUUUCUAUGAUGCGUUUGAGUCUUUGGUUAAUAGUCGACCCAAUAUAUGUGAUAUCGAUAAAUUAUAUUAUUUAAAAGGAUGUCUAAAGGGCCGUGCGGCGGACGCGGUGAGAGAUAUACCAUUGUCGGCAGAAAAUUACGCAUUGGUACGUUCUACGCUUUUGGAGCGAUUUUAUCGUCCACGUCUCGUGGCUACGUCUUUGGUCGACAAGUUGUUAGGUGCUUCGCCCGUUAGACAGGAGUCUCUUUCCGAACUUAAUAGUUUCAUGUGUUCAUUCAGUGAAAGUAUGUCUCUCCUCAAUGCGUUAAAAAUUCCAGACUUACGCUCCUUCAUUUUAUUUUCGAUUGCCUUUCGGUGUUUGCCGGUAUCGACGCGUAAAUUGUUCGAAACGAGUACGAGAUCUGACUAUCCAACAAUCGAUGAGCUCAUGAAAUUUUUGCGAAACCGCGUAGCCGUGUUGGAGGUCGUAGGCGAACGUCGUGACCAAGUCGCUUUCGGCGCGCAUACAAAAUCGACGUCACAGCAGGGUCACCUCCAAAAGGAGACAAAUCGAUCAGGGAAGACGCGGUUUUCAUCCCUCCCCACUACGUUAGUUGCGACUAAGCCGUCUAAUUCGACGAGUAAUAGGUGUCCGUGUUGCUCUGGUGCGCAUGGUUUAGGGGUGUGCGCUAGAUUUAAAAAGUGGACGGUUGAAGAACGUUCUCGUUGGACACGGGAGCAUAAAUUAUGCUUUAAUUGCUUUAGCGCGGAUCAUUGGGCUCCUAAGUGCACCGCCAGGUCGCGAUGUCAAGACUGUUCGCGUAGGCAUCAUUAUUUAUUGCAUGACGUACCUGUUGGAGAACGACGCGAUGAACCGGAAACCCCGCAACCCGUAUCCGCACCCGCGUCAUGUUGUACAGCGGUACAACGGCCGUCACCGCCACAAGCGCUAUCUGUGAUGUUAGGCACCGCUCUUGUCCACGUUCGCGAUCGGUCCGGCUCUUGGCAGACCAUGCGCGCGCUUAUCGAUUGCGCGUCGCAAAUUAGUGCUAUCACGGCCGCCUGCGCGGACCGGUUAGGUCUCAAACGAUCGCGUUGGACAGCUCCGAUUAGCGGGUUGUCGGGAGUCGCGGUAAUGAACGUGCAAGGCCGUGUUGAAUGUACUGUACAUCCGCGAUUCGCCUCCGAGCCCGCCUUAUCAAUACACGCCUGGGUAUUGCCUACAAUAACCAGUGCGUUACCUACAAAAACGCUAUCAGCCGACAUAAAGGAUAAAUAUUCUAACCUCGCGCUUGCGGACCCGUCGUUCCAUGUGUCGUCUCCUAUCGAUUUGUUGUUAGGCAGCGACGUUUAUGCGUCAAUCAUGGACGGUCGUAAAAUUUCGGUUGACAGCGCGCUACCGUCCGCUUUUAGUUCUGUUUUCGGCUGGAUUUUAAUUGGUCAAGUGUCCGUUCCCGAAGCCGGCGCGUUACAUUCCUUGCCAGUCUCAUUGACCGUGUCUAUUGAGGGCCUCAUGGAGAAAUUUUGGCACGUGGAAGAGCCGGACGUAGCUCCCGCCACCUUUACUGAAAACGGGCGGUGUGAACAAGUGUUUAUCAAUGAAACGGUGCGUUUGCCGACAGGUCGAUUUUCCGUCCCACUACCGUUUCGUGUGCCAGUUUCGGACGAAUUGUUUGUUGCGUCCCGCGAUAUUGCGGUACGGCGUUUCGAAUCGCUCGAACGCAAAUUGUCCGCAGACCCAUUAUUAAAAUCGUUGUAUAAUCAAUUUAUGUCGGAAUAUAUCUCGUUGAAACAUAUGUCAGUUGCCACGUCCCCGGGUUGCUACUUCAUUCCGCAUCAUGCUGUGUACCGCCCGGAGGUCGACAUUAAUAAAAUUCGAGUGGUUUUCGACGCGUCCGCGAAACGUAGCCGCGGGCCGUCAUUAAACGACUGUUUGUUUUCCGGGCCUAAGCUGCAGCAAGACAUUGUUGAUAUUUUGACGCGCUUCCGCGUACAUAAAUAUGUUUUUACGACCGACAUAUGUAAAAUGUAUCGGCAAGUACUGAUUUUGCCAAAAUAUCGUAAAUUUCAACAUAUUCUGUGGCGAGCGUCGCCGCACGAUAAAUUGCUCGAAUAUGAAUUAAACACGGUCACGUACGGCGUAAAUUGCGCACCAUAUCUCGCGUUACGGGUGUUACAAUCGAUUGCUACCGACGAUUGCACUGAUUUCGAUUGUGUGCGUAAUGCGUUGACGCGCCAAACUUACGUUGACGACAUAUGUGACGGGGCCGAUACUAUUGUUGAGGUAUUGAAACUCCAAUCCGACUUGACAAGUGUGUUAAGCAAUUGUGGUAUGGAGCUUAAAAAAUGGUCAUCAAACACUAAGUCGGUCUUAGAUGCUGUGCCGGCCGCGGAUCGUGUACAGGCACCUACGCCGUUCGAAACGGUUGACGGUCAGGGUACCAAGGUGUUAGGUCUAGAGUGGCACCCCGACGGUGAUUAUUUGUGUUGUGCGUUAAGCCUCGAGAAAUCGCCGGUAUACACUAAACGCGGAAUUUUGUCAUUAGUAGCCCAAAUUUUCGAUCCGCUUGGUGUGUUCGGGCCCGUGGUGUUUCGAGCCAAAUCCAUCAUGCAACGUACUUGGCUUAUGGGUUUAUCGUGGGAUGAACCACUCCCUGCGGGCAUCCAAGAUGAAUGGAGCGCAUUCGUCUCUGAUUUACCGUCAUUACUAUCGAUUCGUGUCCCUCGGUAUUUUAAUUCGCGCCGGAACGCUCCGUGUUACUUACUAGGAUUCUGCGACGCAUCACAACAGGGCUAUGCGGCUGUGGUGUACUUGCGGGUGGCCGACGGACCCAUAGGGGACUCCGUAUUUUUGGUAGGUACGAAAACUAAAUUAGCGUCAACAAAAUCAACAACUAUUCCGCGUCUCGAAUUAAAUGCCGCGUUAUUGUUAGCCCGGUGGCUAAAUCGCAUCCGCAAUAUUUUAACAUCGCAACUUAAUAUUGUCGAUAUUAGGGCUUGGUCGGACUCAAUGAUUGUGCUCUCAUGGCUAAAGGUCCCGCAUGAGUCGAUUAAAGUGUAUGUAUCUAAUAGAGUGCAUCAAGUCCGCACGUUAUUACCAGAUUGCCAGUGGCAAUACAUCGAAUCGGUCAAUAACCCCGCCGAUUGCGCGUCCCGCGGUGUAAUGCCAUCCGUGUUAUCGCAACUUGAUUUGUAUUGGCGGGGCCCACAGGUAGUGUACGACGACCCAGCAACAUGGGACAAGUCUUGUUCGUUGCUCCCACUUUGUGACCUACCUGAAAUACGACCUGUAGUAGUUUGUGCCAACCUCACUGUCGACGAACCUAGUGAAUGGUUUAUACGAUUUUCAAAUUACGAUCAUAUGUUGCGCGUAGUCGCGUUUAUGCGUCGUUUUAUCGCACUUUGUCGACGAAGGAUUGCUCGUAGCGACGGUCCCAUAUAUUUGCGCAAAUGUGACCUGGACGGUGCCGCGCAAAUGUUGAUUGCUCAAUCACAACGUGUACACUUUGCCACAUUAAUCCGUGAGUUAUCCGGCGGUACGCGAAUAUCGUCCAAACCGUUGGCGCGCUUGUCGCCGUUCAUUGACCCCGACGGUGUGAUACGCGUCGGCGGUCGAUUACGUCAUUCGUUAAUCGCGUAUGAUUGCAAACACCCAGUAUUAAUGGCUAAAACCUCGCAUUUCUCCUUGUUGCUGUGCCGACGAUGGCAUGUGUUGACGUGUCAUGCUGGCCCGCGAGUGUUAACAGCGUUGAUAUCGCGCCAAUUUUGGGUUGUAUCACUCCGGUCUGUUUUACAUAAAGUACUAACAAAUUGUACUAUUUGCGUCCGGUUAGACGCGCGACCAGUACAGCCGCUAAUGGCAGACUUACCUCGUGAUCGGGUGCGCCCGCAUCGCCCUUUCGAAUGCGUAGGCGUAGACUACGCGGGGCCGUUACAAAUGCGUGAAUUGCGAUUACGCAAGUCACGGAUUUUUAAAAUUUACAUAGCCGUCUUUGUGUGUUUUUCUACUAAAGCGGUUCACUUAGAAGUCGUAUCCGAUUUGUCAACUGACGCGUUUUUAGCGGCAUUUGAUCGGUUUGUCGCCCGUCGCGGCUUACCUAGCGAUAUAUAUUCGGAUUGCGGCACUAAUUUUGUAGGGGCUGACAAGCAAUUGCGUUCACUUAUUAACAGUGCCGAGGGCCAAGCAGCUAUCGGUAACGCCCGUGCCACCUGUGACUGGCAUUUUAACCCACCUAGCGCCCCUCACUUCGGUGGCUUAUGGGAGGCGGCAGUCCGUUCCACCAAGCGGCUCCUAGUGCGGGUCAUCGGCAAUCAUAUUUUCACUUAUGAGGAGUUCUCGACAAUCUUGGUGCGCGUUGAAGCUGUACUCAAUUCGCGUCCCCUUACACCCGCUUCUACCGACCCCCAUGAUCUUGAUUGCUUGACGCCGGGUCAUUUUUUAAUCGGACAACCGUUGUUAGCGGUCCCACCCAGAUCAGAUCCUGUGUCGACCCGUGAUAUGUCCAACCGAUGGAAAUUGCUAGACCAAUGCCAUCAAACCUUUUGGCGUCGCUGGUCGUCGGAAUACCUAACCACCCUCCAGGAACGGUCCAAGUGGACUGCUGAUGCCCCGAACCUUAGUGUAAAUGACAUGGUAAUAGUGAUAGACAAUCAGAGUCCCCCGUUGUCUUGGCGACUAGGCCGGGUAAUAAAAUUGUUACCGGGAAGCGACGGUCGGGUCCGCGUUGCUCGUGUUUUGACUCAAGCUGGAGAAAUUGUUCGGCCCGUGGUUAAAUUAGUAUUGCUACCCACCAAAUGA